UUAUAACGAUUAUCUUAAUCAUUAAGAACCAUCCACGCUUCUACACUUUUCUUGUCUCAUUCCCUCUCCAUAAUAACCAUAAUCAUUAUAAUAUUUGUACAUACAACCACCUCCACAAGUUGAAUUAAUAUUAUCAAUAGUCCUUCACUAUACUCUCACUAUAUACUUACCUUCAAAGCUAUGGAGCACCCCAUAUAUCUAUAAUAUUAAUUACAUGGCUUCAUAUUAUUGAGAUCUCCACCUAGAACCUACCUCCUCCCUUCUUCAUCUUCCCCUCCCACACCCUUCUUUAUAUAUAUACUCCAUCCCCUCACUCCCAUACUCUUCAAUUCUCCACCAACCUUAUCAUUCCAUUCUUUACUUUUCCCAUCUCACAAUAAAAAUUGACAGUGCAAUUAUAACUAUCAACUAUACUUGACACUUGAUGCAGACAUAUAGUGCAUCUUAAUAUUGCGGUCACAAUUACAGUUGCAGUCGGUUUUGUAAAACACAAAAGGUGAUAGAAAUCAUAUUGAUUAUAACAUUUCCAAAUGGAGGUGGUGCAAUUAAGAAGAUUCAACUCAAUGGAGAGAAGACCAAGAAUGUUGAAGGAUUUUCUAAGCGAGAAUUCAAACUCAUGUUCCUCAAGCGGAUUCAAAUCAUUUCCAAGAAGAAUUACACAAAACGACGUCGUUAAACUCACACCAAUCAACAACAACAACAACAACACCAUUCAAAUCCAUCAUCACUCACAUUCAUCAUCAUCAUCAUCGAAAUUUCAAACACUGAUAAAAACCAUAAAAAACAACGUCUCAUUCUUCAAAAUUACCAAAUCACCCUCCACCAUGCUCUCUCUACCACGAUCCCUCUCACGAAAACUAUCCUCAACGAGAAGAAACCGCCGCCAAAGAUGCAAAGGUGAAAGAGAAAUCGAAAUCGAAUACAGUACGGUGAAAAUCAAAGACAUCAUACGGUGGAAAUCGUUUCGAGAUUUACAACCUACCGUUCCGUCACCGCCGUUUGAUUUUCACCGUUAUGUAACGGAAUCGUCUACGGUUACGACUGCAACAACUUGUAGUAGUAGUGAAGAUGAUUCUAGCUGGAGUGACGGUGAUUUUUUUAAUGCUUUAUGGGAAGCGCAAAACGACGGCGUUGAAGAGAGUAAAAGAAAUUCGUUUUCUUCUGUUUUUGUCGGCAAGGAUUCGCUGGCACCGUUCGUUGGGACCAAGGAAGAUUUGAUUUGCCAAGAUGAACAACACAGUCCAGUUUCAGUUCUUCAUGUGGGAGAACAUGAGUUUUCACUCUUUGACCAAAGUCUUGCCAAUAUUGAAAGGAGAAAACAAAAAUGUAGAGAAAGUGCUGAUAAAUUUGAGAGUCUUGUAAAAUUUGACCUUGCAAUUGCAAAUUUAGAGAAAUGUCUCUCAUUAGAUGAGGAAUCAUACUAUGAUGAAGAAUAUAAAGAUUAUGAUGAUGAUGAUGAUAAGGAGGAAGAGGAGGAGAAACUUGAAGAACAAGAUUGGGUUGAGGAAAGAGCAAAGCAAUUGCUACAUUGUGUUAAAGCAACAAGUUCAUCAAUGCAAAGUUGUGAUGAGAAUUUAGGUAUAGUUGUGUUGGAUUUUUUCAAGGAAGAACUAAAUGGCAAUAGAAACCAAAAGAGGGAUGAUGAGGGGUUUGAGUUGGAGAUAAUGAAAAUAGCUGAAGAUUGGAUAAAUGGGUCAUUUGAAAAUUACUAUGAUAUUGUGCUUGUUAAUAAAGAAGCUUAUAUCAAGGAAAUGGAUAGGAGGAAUAGGUGGUGUAGCUUUGAGGAGGAGCAAGAGGAAUUGGUUUUAGAGAUUGAAGAAGCUAUAUUGCAUAGUUUGGUUGAUGAUAUUUUGGAGAUGGAUGGUUAAUAGUUGAGAGGAUUAGGAACCUUAUUUGGACCAUGUUAUACUAGUCCUAUGAGACCCUCACCAACUGCACAUGGAUUGCCUUUGUAGUAAUUUAGGAUACAACUCACAAUUUAUGAUGCUCUUGAAUAAGGGUGAUUAGAUUUGCUGCACAAGGGCUGUAAUGGUACAUAUAUGUAAAUCAAUUGAUGGAUUUCAAGGCAUAACUCAUGCCUUCUUUUUUUUAGGGCAUGUACUUCAGAAGUCUUUAAUUGUUCUACAUAUAUGUAAAGAAGUUAAUAAAUAUGUGCUUUAUACAUUUUUUUUCUUGAUAA